AUGGAUACCCUCAAUGCUCUAUCAGAGCUAAAUAUCAGACUGAUCUCGUCUGGGAACAAUCUCCUAUUACCUGCAUUGAAGGAAAAGAGGAGGAUUGAUGGAAAGCAACAGGCUCAACCACGAGCUGACUCGUGCAGCCAGCCAAUCACAAAACCUCCGGUGAGACCAAACCUGAAAAAUGGUGGCUGGGUUCGAAUAGUUCCCUCCACUGUUCCGAGGAAGACUGAGCAAAAGCGAGCCAGUGCUCCGCGGAUGGAUCGUGAUCCAAUAAUGAAAGCUACGACUGCUCCUACGAGGAAGACUCUGUCUGAUUCUGGCUCCCCUCCACCAAGGUACGCCCAGCUAGCUACAUCAGCGAGACCAGUACCCAAGCCAAAGCCACAGCACCUUCAAGCAAAAGCAAACUCUGACAAACACGAACGUCCUGUGGAAGAACGUUUUAAGAGCGGAGAGUUGAUUCGGUAUCCAAGCAUGUACAUUGUCCCAUCAGACUUCUUCAACGUAUUUCCACAAUCGCUGUUGCCACACUAUGAAGCACAACAUGAGGAAGGAGAUCAAAUCCUGCCUAUCAGACCUCCCAAGGUUCCACUUCACUCUCGACCACGGCAACAGCAAUGCGGGAUGCAAGAAGAAGGCGGUGUGGAUAAACGCGAGAGCAGGCUUCGUCCAACAUCCAUGAUGACCUUCAUGACAGCGUCGACCAAAAUCGGCGAGAUACCGGAACACAAGUUACCAGAUCGUCACUUGACUGAAGCACAGAGAGCGGAGCUGCCCAUGCCAUAUGUGGUGCCUGAUAUGCUCGAACCGCCGAGGAAGCGUGGCGGUAGGGGAUUCAAGUUCUGGAAGAAGGAGCGGUAUCCUAUUGGUGCUGUGGCAGCGUAG